AUGGCCGAUGAGUUCCGAAUGGAGAACGCGGUACUGCAUGGAGUGGAACGCGGUACUGCAUGGAGUGGAACGCGGUCCAGCAUGGAGUGGAACGCGGUACUGCAUGGAGUGGAACGCGGUCCAGCAUGGAGUGGAACGCGGUACUGCAUGGAGUGGAACGCGGUCCAGCAUGGAGUGGAACGCGGUACUGCAUGGAGUGGAACGCGGUCCAGCAUGGAGUGGAACGCGGUAUUGCAUGGAGUGGAACGCGGAUUAUGCCAGCAAUGCGCUGAUAACACCAGGUUUGGUCCAGGUGGAGAUAUGGAAAAUGGAAACUUGCAGGGACCCGGGGGGUUGACGAACACAGCAUUUGUGAGUAAAACGGAAGCAAUCGACUGUUGUGGAGUGCUUGACAGGUUUGAAGCAUAUGUGAGGAACUCCGGUACCUUGUACUACCAUAUUUGGCGGCCAAACAGCGCGGGAGAUUACACAAUCAUCGGGGAGUGGUCCCAAUCCUGCCAAUCUCAGAGUGACUGCGAUUAUAACGUGCCAAACAGCGAGGAGAUCACUGUAAUGUCUGGGGAUCUCUUUGGAUGGUGGAGCAGCUCGGAGAUGAUUGAAUACGAGAUCCGUUUGGAGACGUUCUACACGUAUCAGUCUACGGGGCUCAUCAACGGGUCUACAGCGUCCUUAUCGAACUCUGUGAACUUUCGGGAAUACGCCUUCCGGAUCACAGUUGACGAUAAUCGUAAUCCGUUUUUCAACGAUCUGGCAAAUGACGGAUCGACCAGCACCGAUGUGCUUGAGACGACUGCUGUAAGCACUUCCAUAUGGCAGGUUGAUCCAGACGACAAUGACAUAAGUGACGUCACGAGCCUCACUGUUACCAUGGCUACCAACGCCUACUUCAGCUUCGAUCCCAGCACAAACGACGUGUCGGUGUCUAGUUCUCUGUUCACCGCGCCAUCGCCCCAGGUAUUGUCAUUCACCGUUGUAGACCAGUGUGGCAACACAGAGACCAGGGUACUCAACGUCAACAUAAUCAACUUCCCUCCUGUCAUAGAAAAUCUCCCCAACGCCACAAGCAUCCUAGAGAUAACUGAGACGUCGACGUACCUGUACACCGUUAACGUGACGUCAUCAGACGUGGUGACGUGCAUUAUAGACCAGGUCAACCCGAACAGCGGCGAUUUCAACAUCAUCCAGUCGGGAGGGACGUCUACAUACUGGGAUAUAUCCACGAUAAGUGGCUGUUACUUUGACUACGGCACGGCCCAGGCGCACGUGCUCACGAUCAAGUGCUCGGACACGAGCGGAGACUCCGAUGAGCAGACGUUUACUGUCAACCUGAUACCCAACCAGCCGCCGGUUAUCAACAACCUGGCCAACUCGACGGAACUUCACGAAGAUACGGACACAGAGUCGUUCCUCUACAGGCUGGACGUCACCGACGCCGACAGCCUGUCCGUCACGUGCAGCUUAACGGCGACGUCAACCGAGUUCCGUGUACGUCAGGUUACCGGGAGUACAGACUGGGGCGUCUACAGCUUGGCAGGGGCGGCGUUUGACUACAACUCAGUCAAUUACUACGACAUUGGGAUCGAGUGUACGGACGGGCGGGACGCCGACACCGGCAUUUACACAGUCUACCUCAUCCGAAACGAUCCGCCACAACUUACAAAUGUGCCCGCAAACGUAUCGCUGUCGACGUCGGCGCCUAUCGGGUACACGGUGUAUGAGCUGACGUCAUAUGACGCUCCUGGGCCAGGGGGCCGUAUGGACCAACUGACGUAUUCCAUCUCCUGCAACCCGUCGGGGUGCCCAUUCACAAUACUCGCUUCAGGACAUCUGGAAUUGGACUCAUCGAUCUCUGACCUCAGCCUGGUCGGAUAUGACGUCACCGUCACCGUGUGUGACCACCGGAACUGCGGCAUUAACCGGAUACUUACGGUCACCAUUGUCGACAUCAACGAUCUACCUGAUAUUACCAAUUUGAACCAGGCGUUCAACGUCGCUGAGAACACUGACGUCGGAGAGACCGUCGUUAAAACCGCGUGCACGGAUUUUGACGUUCCUGAAGACACGUUGACGCUCAGUAUGACGUGUGUGCCUGCAAGCGGGACUUCUCUCUUUAGAAUUGAUUCAACAACUGGCGAAAUUACGGUGUCUGCCGUUAUUAAUUAUGAAACUUUGACGUCAACGUCAUUUACGUGUGUCGUGACAUGCUCUGAUGGGCAGGCGACGGACACGGCGACUCUGAAUCUUGAUAUCACUGACGUUAACGAAGCACCGACGUUUACUCAGAAUGGGUACAGCAUAUACGCGGAUGAAGGACCGGGCGGUACGGAGCUCCAGGCGUCACCACCCCAAGUGAACGACCAAGACUCGGACGAAAUACAAACCUUCACACUGGACUGCGGGAAUGACACUGGUUACUUCUACAUAAACGGUAACACGGGGCUGGUCAGUUUCGCGACUGACUAUGACGUUGAUCCGGCUGGAGGGCGGCCAACGUACGUCACGUGUUCCUUGGGCGUCACCGACAAGGGCGCCCUCACCGACACCGCCAGUCUAAGCAUAACAAUCAACAAUAUCAACGACAAUACGCCCGUGUUCCUCCCGGCGUCCUACGCGUACUUUGCAGACUGGAAUGCACCAACCAGCACGGCCGCCCUUUCGCCCGCCGACCCCGUCUCCGCCGCCGACGGCGAUCUAGGUGAUUACGGCACUCUUACGUACAGCCUAGACCAGUCGAGUUUAGGCAACCAGUACUUCGGAAUCACUCAGAGUGGAACCAUAUUUGUCGUUAAGUCCAUCCAGUCACUCGGAUAUGGUGGAUCAGCCACGUUUCACGUGAUAGCAACUGAUGGUGGCGGCUUGGAAACACGCGCUAACGUCACCGUGGCUGUCAUGGCGACCACAACCACAUCCACCACUUCCACAACUGACAGGUUUGUGACGUUUUUCGAAGACGAUGGGAACCUCACGUGGUUUCCACUAGCCAUGGUGAUACUUCUGGUGGUCGUUGUCACUGUCGUCUACAUGGUGUGCACGUACUGGGGCCGGGGCGGCGAGGCAACAUCCAGGAUUGCAUGUCGAUGCUGCAAAAUUGAGAGAGUGCCUAAGGAGCCUAAGAAAUCCUACAACCUAUCUCCCAGACGCGACUUUCCUAAAGAAACGGAUAGAAACGACAGCAACCAGGAGGACCUUUUGAUGGAUAAAUCUGACGUCGACGACGACAAUAACACUGAGAGCAUCAUGGCUUAUUUAAAACGUUGGCGACGAAAUCGCGCAGCUGUGAUGGCAUCGGCUAUGUAUAGCAGUGAAAGUGAAGACAAUGUUCAAGACAACAUUGAACAGGACAUUCUUCAUCAACAUGAAUUUGAAAACAGGGAAACAGAUAUCGGAACUUAUGGGCAAGACAGUGAAACAAGUAAUAUGUGGGUCAGAGCAGUUUGGAAAGAUGACGAAAAGAGGGAGGUAGAGGGUGUGAUUCCGCAAAACUGGGUGCAGGACAAUUGUGUGCUCUGGCCGCCUGUAGCUGAGGCUAGGAAAUCAUUGAGGGACAGGACACACCCUCGGAGCACAUGGAAGAAGUUUCCAUUGAUCAAAAUCAAUAUAAAAUCUGAAAAGAAAAGCGAGUGUGAAAUGUACGAUUUCACCUCAACGAUGGGGGCGUGGGAUGUUGAUGAACCGGUGGAAGCAAAACGCACAAGAAUGAAGCGACGAUUUGAAGACUCCAUCACUGAUAGGAUGGAAUAUCCAAGCACACCGAAUAGGCAUUUUCGGACAUCUUCAACGUCUGCCUUAGGACGGUCACGAUCACGAUCAUUCGAUAAUGCCACACGCAGUCCACUUUACUCACAACACUUUGUAGUGUUCUCAACACCAAAGGAAGGAAGCAGCCAGCAGAAUGAACGUGAUAUAUUUCCUUUGCCAACUGGAGAGUUUCAGAAGCGUGUCCUCAUGCUACUCAGCGAUAUCCAGCAUGAGUUGGCCGAACUGAAGCGGCAGUUGGUCCCAAAUAGCCAGUCUGUCGAUUCGCUGGAAGUAGACAUCUGGCCAGCAGAAACUUUGGACGACUUCCAUCAGUUAGAUGACAAGUGUUCAAACACACAGGAAAGGAAAAAAACUGGUAUUGUUCAGGUAUUGUCGAAGAUUGGUGGUGUGGAUGCCAAGGACAAUGUCAAGAAAAUCAUGGAAAGGUUGAUGAGCAAUCGCCUGAUAGCCCUCUUCAGCAUGAAGGGCAGGUCCACCAAGAAUGGAGAGCCGAGGAAGCUGGGUGUCCAAACCUCUUCAGUUUACGAAGUAGUCAAGGCCAGUGCCUUCAACACCUACAUGAAGGAGGGCUUAACAGACCAGCACAUUUAUAAAUACACUGGAGAUACACUGAAAUAUGUUCCCGAUCGUCACGGUGGAGGCGGUAGAAAAUUAACAUAUAUACAGUGA